GUUAAACUACCCCGCGGGCAGGCGGGGGAUGGCGGCGGCGGGAAGAGGCCGCGGCUGGAGGAGCCCGGCCCGGGGCGGCCGCCGCCGCGGGAGAUCCGCGCCGAGGGGCUCAGCUGCGAUUACCGCAUCCUCUUCGGCAAGGCCGAGGCGGAUGAGAUCUUCCAGGAGCUGGAGAAGGAGGUGGAGUAUUUCGAAGAUGACGUGACAAAACUGCACGUAUUUGGCACAUGGCACAAGAUUCCCAGGAAGAAGGUCACCUAUGGAGACCCUGGCUUGUCCUACACAUACUCAGGGGUCACAUUCCACCCUAAGCCGUGGAUCCCGGUGCUGACCCGGAUCCGGGAGCGCGUCACCUCGGAAACAGGGCACACCUUUAACUUCGUCCUCAUCAACAGGUACAAAGACGGCCUGGACCACAUCGGGGAGCACCGGGACGACGAGAAGGAGCUGGUUCCCCGCAGCCCCAUCGCCUCCGUGUCCUUCGGAGCCUGCCGGGAUUUCGUGUUCCGGCACCGGGAUCAGCGGGGCAAGGGAGGGAUGCCAGGCACAGGCAGGAUCACCCUGCAGCUGGCCCACGGCAGCCUGCUCCUCAUGAAGCACCCCACCAACCUCUACUGGUACCACAGCCUGCCCCCACGCAGGAGGGUGCUGGCCCCCAGGGUCAACCUCACCUUCAGGAAAGUCCUGCCUGCGUCCAAGCAGGGAAAUGUUCAGCCAUCAGGGCUUUUGGGCUCUGAAAAGUGAAGUUUUAGUUCCUGCUGGAACUGUGGGAUUCCCCUGUGGUGAUCCAAGGGACUGGAGGAGCAAAUGGACACAAGAAGUUGGGUAAUUUUGCUGCUAAAGCCUGUGACCACUGAUCUCAAUGGUAAGGUUUUUUUCCUCUGGGAAAUGUCCUGCUGAUCCCUAUUUUUGCUGAUUGCUACCCUUGUUUUGCUCUCAGCUGAUCUUUAUCUAAGCAGUGUUCCAAGAAGAUGGAAAUGCUCCAUAGCCUGAAGGCAGCAGUUUAUAAACACUGUGAGCCACAAGCUGUGAUCGUUUAAAGCUGAUACUCUACAGGUGAUGCUGUCACUGAGCUCUGGUUUGCUUGGGGUUUUUUUAAUUAAAAUAAAGCAAGAAUGAGCCUGAAGUGGAGAAGGGGAGUGCUGAGGUGCGAGGACAGGGAGUGCAGUGUGGCUGGAUGAGUGUUUGAGUCACUGUGACUCCUGUCUGCUUGAAUUCCUCUGCUCCUGGGGGAGGCUGCUCUUGCAGGAGGAAGCACAAGAUUUUUCUUCCCUCCCAUCAUUUGUACAAAAAACCAGGCAGCAAAAAAUGCCCUUGUGGGGAGGAACUGGGUUGUCCCAUUUCCACUGGAAGGCUGUCACCCUGAGAGUGUAUUUUCCUAAAUAAUUAUCCCACUCUGACUCCCUGAAAACCAUCACCUCCCACACCCACAGGGAAUCCUGCUGAAAAUGAGGGAAUUCUGUCCAGUCCCCAAGAAAUGUUGAGGCAUCAAGGAAUGGCAAGUUCUGGGUGAGGAUGGGAACCAAAAAUCCUGUGUAACCUGGCUACAGCCACUGGAAUUAGUGCUGGGCUCUGGCCUUCAGUCCAUUAUUCCUAUGGAAUUAAGGCCUGUGCAGACAAGGGGGAGUUGGUGCUUCCCACCCUCUGCCACUCUGAGAUGCUCUGUGGAAUCUGCUCCUGCAGAAAAUCCUUCUUAGCCAGAGUUUCUGAAGUGUUGUUUCAACCCCUUUGGCUCCCAGCUUGGUGUUUGUUUCAAAACAUUCCCAGACUGAUUUUUCUACCAAGUUUGUUCUUUUAUUGCUACUGUACAGUUACAAAAAUACCCUGAAGUGGAAAAAAAGCAACUUCCAACAGCAGUGCAGUGCUUGGACUGGAACAGACAUUUUUAAAUUAACACACAAAAUAAGACAAGAACAAUCCCAACACAGAGAUGUCAUCUUGGAGCUCUUAAUUCUUUACAAUUUAUUAACAUCUUCUCCACCAUGGCAGCUUGGGAAGGAUGAGUACCAGCAUUUGAGACUUGUGGCUGCAUGGAGCCCUCCCAGAGGGGGAGGUUUGGGCUGGAAAACAGAUCCCAGUGACCUCCAGAGGGGGAGGUUUGGCUGGAAAACAGAUCCCAGUGACCUCCAGGGGGGGAGGAUGAGCUCCCAAAGCCCUGCACAGAUCCUCAGCUCACAGGGGGCUGGGAAGAUCUGGCACAGCUCAGGGCCAGGACUGAGGUGCUGGGCUUUGCUCCCUUCCUUACCUGAGGGUUAAACCAAGCCCAUCCACUCCUCCCCACCAGGCAAAGCCAGAAAAAAGGCUCAGCCCUCCCCUUGAUAGCCCUUGA